AUGUCGUUCUUUGAAAAGGUCUUAAAUUAUGCAGAGCGCCUCCCAGAAGGCAUCGAGAGGACAAGGGAUCAGAUCAUUGGGAUAAUCGAUCCUGAUAGGCGUCAUGAUAACCCAGAGGAGAAACUGGACGAUGAGAUUCGAACGCAGAUCAAUGCAGGCCACCGUUUCAAUAGUUUCGCGGGUCAGAGGUCCGAGAAUUCCGUCAAAUGGCAUAUUGAUGGUCAUGACUACAUGUAUGCGUUGUCCGAGAUCCUCGACGGUGCAAAGGAGUGUAUCUUCAUACUGGAUUGGUGGCUUACUCCUGAGUUAUACCUUCGACGACCACCCGCAGAUCAUCCGGAAUGGAGACUCGACCGACUGCUUCAACGUAAGGCUCGAGAAGGAGUGAGAAUAUAUUGUAUUGUCUACAAAGAGGUCGCUCAAACAAUGUCGUUGAAUUCAAAGCACACAAAGGCCGCAUUAGAAGCCUUACACCCUAACAUUGCUUGUAUGCGACAUCCAGAUCACAUUGGAACCAAAGUCACAGAUGCCGUGGAAUUCUGGUCUCACCACGAGAAGCUUGUGGUUGUCGACAACCACCGCGGAUGUGUUGGAGGACUUGACAUAUGUUUUGGUCGCUGGGAUACGCACAAUCACCCCCUUGCGGAUGUGCACCCGACGGACUGGUCACGAACUCUCUUUCCGGGUCAGGAUUAUAACAACGCACGUGUCCUUGACUUCCAGAAUGUCGAUAAUUAUGUUAGCAAUGCUGUCUCGAUCAUGGAAACUCCAAGAAUGCCAUGGCAUGAUGUUCAUAUGACAAUGUGCGGCUCUGUUUGUUUGGAUCUUUCCCAACAUUUCGUUGAGAGGUGGAACGAGGUGAAACGUAGGAAGUGUCCAACCUUACCGCUCCACAGUCGAUACGACUGGCUUGCGCUUCCCCACAAUGUAGCGAUCUCUCCGAACGAAGCUGUCGUCCGCCAUCCCCAUCGUGAGAAAUGGCAUCGAAUGGGUCGUCGUUUCAAACAACGUUUCCACCUCGAAGAUGAUGAGGUAGUCGAACCGCCUUACACUCCUCCCCCGCAUGGGGUUUGCCGUGUGCAGGCCGUGCGGAGUGUCUGUGACUGGAGUCACGGUGUGCUUACGGAACACAGCAUUCAAAAUGCUUAUAUUCAAUUGAUCAACGAGGCCAAUCAUUUCAUAUAUAUUGAAAACCAAUUCUUCAUCUCCAACACGCGCGAGGAAGGCCCGGUCAAGAAUCAAAUAGCAAAGGCAAUUGUCGGGCGGAUUAUUGAAGCCGCCAGGGAUGGUCUGAAGUUCAAGGUUAUUGUGGUUAUCCCUGAGCUGCCUGGAUUUGCCGGGGAUAUCAAGAACGAUAAAUCUUUGAAGAUUAUUAUGGCAGCACAAUACCGCACGAUUAACCGCGGCGGUCACAGUAUAUACGAGGAGAUCCGAGCUGCUGGUUUUGAACCGAUGGACUACAUUCGUUUCUACCACUUGCGUUCCUACGACAGGAUCAAUGCUCCGCAGAAGUCGUUAAUAUCACAAAUGGAGGCAAACUCAGGAGUUUCAUUUUACCAGGCCCAGACCGCUCUUGCGCGUCAAUGGGAAGGUCCCCGUUACACUAGCGGCGACACUCCAAAGGAAGUGUUUAUCAGAGUGCCUCAGCCUGCGCAGGAAGGCAUAGGUUCAAACCAGCAGACCAAGAUGAAGCUUGUGAAGGUGCCUCUGCCAGCUUCAUAUGAUGAAGCAGUGGACAUUAUUCGGAGGUUCGAGGGAGGCUCAGAUGACAUCAAAGGCGAUGAAGAUGUGUCUGAUACCGUAGCGCAGCACAAAAUGCUGGACAGAACACGCUUGACUGAUGAGAUUUGGUAUGGUUCGGAACAAGAGGAGCGUGAUGCAUACGUGUCGGAGCUUCUUUAUAUCCACUCGAAGGUUAUGAUUGUUGAUGAUAGGCGCGUUAUUUUGGGUUCUGCGAAUUUGAAUGACAGAAGCCAAAAGGGUGACGGCGAUUCGGAAAUUGCGCUCGUUGUCGAAGACGGUGACAUGGUACGAUCGACGAUGAAUGGGCAGCCAUAUAUGGCCGCACGUUUUGCGACUACUUUGCGUCGCAAGCUCUUCCGGGAGCACCUUGGCCUCAUUGAGCCCCAGAACGUCCUUCAUUCCAGGGAGAAGGUGACCUCAUUCAUGCGAUGCGCUCCAGAGCCCAACGACGACGAGAUCGGGACGCCGGAAGACAAUGCCGUCGCUGAUCCCCUUGCAGACAGCACCCUAGAACUCUGGAAUAGUACAGCAAGAACGAAUCGCGAGAUUUUCACAGAGGUCUUCCGUCCUGUGCCCACUAACCUUGUUCGUUCUUGGUCCGCAUACGAGGCAAGUGACGAUAUUUCCGAUCUUCCUCGGUGCCUGUCUGACGUUACUAUACAGAAUUAUGUGCCAAAGGUCAAGACUGGUCACGUUGUACCGGAGAUACAGCUGCAGCGCAUCAAGGAACGCCUUUCCCAUGUCAGGGGUUCAGUUGUCGAGUGCCCUCUGGAUUUCUUGAUAGAUGACAAGGAGUUCGUCGAGGGUGUAGACUGGCUGGGAUUAAAUCCGACGCUUCCGAUUUACAUCUGA